AUGCGAACAUUCUUCAACCAAUUCCUUGGUGGAGAGACAACCGAAGAGUGCGUCCCGAAAAUCGAAGCUCUGCGAAAGAACCAUGUUGGCACCCUCCUUGGCUACAACAUCGAGGCCGAGUUGGACGGGUCAAGCAAAGACCCUCAACUGAUCCUGGCCCAAACACAGCAUGUGCUGUCUUCCAUCGAGGCUCAGGGAAAACUGGCCAAACAGUUCUGCCCGGACACCCGCGCCACUAGUGGUGACAACCGCUGCUGGGUUAGGAUCAAGGUGAGUGGUUUGCUACCUCAUCCCGUCGCUCUUGAACAUGGCUCCAAUGCGAUUCUGGAGGCCAGACGGCAAAAAGGACUCGACAAAGGCGUUCCGUACCCGGGCUUGCCACAUGAUGGGGAUUGGGAGGCUGCACUGAAAGGAAAAGACGUCGCAGAUUCAGAUCGUGAACAGCUGCUUAGUCUCCGAGCUACUCUAGAGUCCCUUGUCAGUAAAGCACGAGACAAUAACGUGCGCAUCGUGAUUGAUGCCGAGCAGUCAUGGUACCAACCUGUUAUCGACAGUCUGACCGACGAGCUCAUGCAGAAGUACAACACUCUGGACGGACCAGCCACGUGCAUCGCAUCAUUCCAGGCGUACCUACGCAGGUACCCUCAACUUCUGGACCAUCAAAUUCGUCGCGCUGAUGAGAGAGGCUACAAGCUACUCUUUAAACAGGUUAGGGGGGCGUACAUGGUAUCAGAAGCGGAAAGAUGGCGAGCAGGAGGUAAUGAUGGCGAAGGGCCGGUCUGGUCAACGAAGGAAGAGACAGAUACAAGCUUCAACUAUGGUGUUGAGAAGACGCUCUCUACGAUUGCUGAUCAGUUGCGCUCGACAGGCCACUCGAGGAUCGGGGUAGUCUUUGCUACCCACAAUUCCAUAAGCGUUGAUGUUGGCAUUAAGUUGAUGGAGGAACAUGGCCUGGCUCAGAGGGAGACUGGGAACGAGAGACUUUGGGUGACAAAUGGAGCUGCUGGGAGCAUCGCCUAUGCCCAGAUAUACGGAAUGAAAGAUGACUUGACAAACAGGAUAGCAGGAUCUCUUGCCUCGGAGAGCGGAUUGCCUCUGGUGGUCAAGGUACGUUAUGCUGAGCGGCUUGAGAGCCUGAAGUUCUGA